AUGACGAACGAAGCAGAGACCAUACAAGAGAAUAACAACCCGAGGAAAGAAGUGUUCGUGAUCAAACACCGGAGGAGCCACGAGCGAUCCAAGACGACGAAGACUAAGCCAGAGCGGCGGAUCCAAGACGACGAAGACGACGAAAACCAAGAGGUAUUCUGUAUCCAAGAGGAGCUUCGACUUCGACAAGAACGGCGACGCAGACAAAGCCGUUGCGGAAGACAGAGGAGAGGAAGAAGAAGCCGAGCGGCGGAUUCAUCAGCAGCAGCGCGGCGGCGGAGAGUCGCGUCGGGAGCGGAAGAGACGGACUCCGAGCAGCGUCGGGAGCGGAAGAGACGGACUCCUAGCAGGGAGAGGGAGGACUCGAAGAGCUACCGAUCGGGGAGUACGGAGAGAGGAAGCGGUAGCAGACGAGUAAGCAGAUCUCCAGAGAGAAGAUCGGAGACGACGAACCCUGAUAACGGCAUUGGCAGUUCUGUAAAUUCGAGUAACAACAACAAUAUACCUGCCAAGUUCGUUUCGGUUCCUGCAACGGAUAAAGAGAAGAGAAGCAGCAACAACAACGCAGAUGCGUCUAUUAAAAGGGUUGCUGUCAAGAGAAACGUGGCGUCUCCAAGGUCUCAGUCGCCUGCAAGAGCGGCGUCUCCUAGAGCUCAGUCUCCGGCGAGAGUUAUCAACCACUCCUAA